UGGCCUGCACGGGACUGGCAGAGACACUGGGGCUGAAGGCAGUGAGCAAACACCACCACCCACCAUGAAGUUCUACGUGUGUGCAGCUGUGGGCCUCCUGGCAGUGGCGGCGCUGGUGCACGCCGACCCUGAGCCCGAGGCCCUCGCUGAGGCUGACCCUGAAGCCUCCCAUCCCUACUACCCCUACCGCUACUACGGCUACCCUUACCGCCACUACGGCUACCGCUACCACCACCACCACAAGCGGUCUGCUGAACCAGAGCCCAUCGCUGACGCCUCUGCUGAGCCCAGCCGCACCUACUAUUCCGGCCACAACUACGGCUACCCCAGCCACUACUACGGUUAUCGCCAACACUAUGGCCACCCCCACUAUCACCACAAGCGUUCUGCUGACCCAGAGCCCAGCGCUGAUGCCUUUGCUGAGCCCAGCCGCACCUACUACCACGGCUACGGCCACCGCUACUACUACGGUUACCCUCGCCGCUACUACUACUAGAGGCGCACCUUUCGUCGACACCCAGCAGCCGCCCUCUCCCUCUCGGCGACAGGGGCCUGUCUCUUGACAACAACGAAACGCUUACCUGAGGCGGCUGAGGAGAGGCGACGACACCUGCCGCAGGAUAGGCCGGUUCUGCUCACGUCGGUUUUUCUCGCGCGCAAGUGUCGCCCCAGACGCCCCGGGGCACCCGGGUGAGGCGCCCCCCGCCCCGGCAGCCUCACCCACUUUCCAGAAUAAAGUUACCCUCCACUGA